UGCAUGUGUUUGGAUUGUGGGAGGAAACCCAGAGAGAACGACACAAACUCCAAACAGAAAAGUUCACCAAGGUGGAUUUGAACCCAGGACCUUCUUCUAUGAGACAACAGUAACCACCACAACACCCUGCUGCCCCCUGAGUGUGGAGAGGACACAGAUGAACAGGACAGUCAGAUGAAGACUCUUCUGUCCUGCAGACUAGAUUUGUUCUCCAUCAUCUGCACAUGUCAUUAAUUUGAUGAAGCAGUUUCUCUCUGUCUCACUGUGGAUUUUUAUCCUCUGCUUGAAUUUUAUUAAAGGAUCAUUUGUAGUGAAUGUGACUCAGAGCUCCUAUCAGGCAGAGGAGAACCACAACAUCACACUGGAGUGGACGUUCACCACCAAAUCAGACUCGUUCAUCAAGUCACUGAAGAUCCUCUGCAGCCUGACAGCUGAUCAUAAACACUCAACUCUUUAUUUUCUCCAUGAUGGAGUCGAGCUCUCAGAGGUUCAGGAUGCAAAGUUUUCAGGGCGAGUCCAGAGUGACAAAGACGCCCUCAGAGAAGGACGAAUCAGACUGCAGCUGUCCAGACUCAGGACUGACGACUCGGGUCUGUACCUGUGUGAGGUGACCACAGGUGAUGGCAGCGGCUACAACAGCUGCAGAGUCACCGUCUCAGAACCAAAGCCUGGGAAGGCAGAAACAACUCAGCACCCCAGAGGUCUCCAACCACCAGACCUGAAUAAAGAAACAAAAACUGGAGGUAGAGGAGGAAUGACCAUUGCUGUACUUCUCUGUGUCUCACUCAUCCUGGUUGGAGUGGGUGGAUGUUUGCUUACUCAGCAAUAUAAAAAAAAAGUUCCUGAUGAAGAGCCUCUCAGCAAGUGAACCUUCUGAUUCAGUCUCAGCGCUGAAGCCAACAGCUGGACACAAACAGAAGGAGACGUAUUCUUGAAGCUGCAGAUAAAACUGAAGAUAAACUCUGAUCAUGAAAGGAGGAGCAGAUACUGAACACAACAUCACUAUAAAGUCUCACUGGAGGUUACACAACAUCAAACUUUUAAAACAAACGGUAUUACUGCGGAUCAGCCAGUAGAUGGCAGCGUACAAUUAAAUCUACUUGCAUAGGCUUACACUACAAACAUGUAUGUUAAUAAUAUACUGUAUAAACUGUAAUAUAUAUAUAAUAAUUAUAUCAUA